ACGGACCCGAAGACUGAGCUACGAAAACUUCGGCUGAAGAUGCAUGGUUAUGGGAUGGGACCGAAUUCGGAAUGGUCCACGGAGAAUUGGUCGCGCUCGCUGGGCGAGCUGAUCCGUGCCACGAUCGAGCUCGCCGGCAAGCCGACCGGCAACACGGUCGUGCUCGCCGGGCGAGCUGGCCCGUGUCACGGCCGAGCGCGCCGGCGAGUUGACCGGCAACACGACCGUGCUUGCCGGGCGAGCCGGCUCGUGUCGCGGCUGAGCUCCCCGGCGAGUCGACCGAAAAUGCGGUCGUGGUCGUCGGGCGAGCUGGCCCGCGUCACGACCAAGCUCGCCGGCGACUCGACUGGCAACACGGCCGUGCUCGCCGGGCAAGCUGGUUCGUGUCACGGCCGAGCUCGCCGGGCGAUCCGUUUCGGCUGUUCGUUUUCUCGGCUUUUGAAGUUUGACCGAGAUUUGGUUUUUCUGAGGACUUUCGGACAUCGAUUCCGUCGUGACCGAUUUUGACCCCAACAGUUAGCCCCCCAGCUAGCUUGGAUCCGUGGACCUGGGUGUUAGGUCCUAGCUUGCGGUAUGGUCUGUUCUAGGUGGAAUUUAGACGUAAUCGUUUGUCGAAAGAUCGAUUGUGAAUAGUAAAGAAAAAAUUGUAUAAGUAAGGGAAGUAAGUUUUUCAAUUUCUUUACUCACUUCUUCCCUUAAGAAAAGAUUCCUCCAAGAUAGAAAUUUUUUCUCCAAGAUCUCUCUUUGCUCAAAGAAAAUGUCUUCAAGAAAAGGAUAUUCAAAGAGGAAUUCUUCCUCACACUCAUCUUCGGGUGACUCUUCUGCCAAUGAGGUGAUCGCCCCGAAAGAAGAGUUUGAAGUUGAGGAAGAAGCAAAGGAUGCGUACUACAAAGCUCUUUGCGGCUCGCCUCCGCCUUCGCAAGACAUUCCGAUUCCUAAGAGGCCCGUGAGGUCGCCAAACGCACCCCUUACGCCAAGCAUGGUCUCUCCCGACUACCUCACGACUCUCAGGGACUUUUACCAGAUCCAAAGAGUAGUCGUAUGUCGUAUCCCGAGUGGCAACGAGAGUGCGAAGAACCCUCCGGAAGGUUUCUUUACUUGCUACGAGGCCUUCUUGGUGUAUUGCCGUAUGUGGUUUCCGAUCCCUGGUACCAUCGUCUGCGCGCUUCGCCACUUUGGGCUUUCGAUCAGCCAGCUAAGCGUUCCGGCCUUGAAGCAUUGGCUCGGCGUGUUGAUCUCGAGUUACGAGCUAGGAAUGGAUCUUAACCCUGGCGACUUCGAGGGAUUUUGGUUUACGAGAGGAACGGGAAUCGAUGGCUCAUACCGCAUGGCGCCAAAGAAGGGUAUGACUAUAAUUUAGGGGCACACUUCACAUCCUAAGCCAUGGUUCGAGCGCUUUUUCUUUGUCCGGAUAGAUGGGGAGUCUGUCGAGGAGAGCUACCUCCACCUAUUCCGUCGGGAGUGGAACUUCACCCGUGGUAAUACGAAUAGCUAUAUUUUUCGUUUUGAUACCUUGAAAACAUGCGAAGAUGAUUUUUUUAUUAUCUUGCAGUGAACAGGAUCCUUCCGCCGACUCCUGCCGAUCUUUUUUGCCAAGCGAGAUCUUCUCCGCAGCAGGCCGUUCUUUUGGAAUUCCUUCACCGUCAAACGGAUUUGAAGCGCGGUGGAGCUCCAUUGAUCUUGAGCCGUCUUUCAGCCUCUGGACGUUCCGUAUGACGUAGAACCGGUCAUUGAUGUCUUGCCUGCUUAGAGGCAGAGAAUCAGGUCUCGGAAAGGCAAGGGAGUUGCCUCCGAGAACGUCUUGGGAAACCUUCCGCUGCCAGAAUGGAACCCUGGUUUCUCCCCAGGGGAAAGGAGUGGAACCAGCGAGGUUCCCCUUCCCAGCGACUUUUUUGCGGACCUCCCUCCCGGUUUUACUACUCAUAAGUCGCUGGACAAAGAGUCGAGGAGGAAAGUAGUCGCUGAAGGCUCCAGCUUAAUCAACGAGGGGAUGAGGGUGUUCAAUGCGGCGCUCCACGGAAGUUUCCGGGAGUCGCGUAUCUCUCACUUCAAAGCCGAGGAGGCUGAAAGAGAACUCGUUCGGUUUCGGAAGGAGGCCAAAGAACAGAGCCGGAGACAGGCUGAGCUCCAUUCUCGGGCCCUUGUCCGUGCGGAGAGGAGAGGAAAGAGAGCGAUUGUCGCUGAAAUGAAGCGGAGGGCUGCUUUGUUUGCCACCGAAUUUGAGAGCUUUAAGGAUGCUCACGAAUUCGUGGGCGUGAACAACAGGUAAGAUCC